UGAAGUUGCUUUUGUCUGCUGCGGUUCUCCCACUUUUUUUUUCUGCUCGCUUUAGACUCCCACUCCCGACAAUAACAGCCUUCGUCGUCUUCUCACCACCAAUCUUUGAGACAUGUCUCGUUCCACUCUUUCUGUACUUUUGGCUUUCGCCGCCGCUUCAAAAUUUGCCCUUGCUCAACCUGAUCCAGCUGACCCAACCCCACUUGUCGACAAGACUUAUGCUUACCCAUCAGGAAUACCCUACCAAGUUGACUACAACACCGCCGCUAUCCGUGGCCCUCAGACCGGCUACAACAUCUGUAACUCUACCACCGAGAACCAGAACUCCUUGUGCCAAACCUCGAUGGUGAACCACAUUGACGACUUCUGCUUGUGGGCACCUGCCACACCCAACUCCACUAUCGGCGAUACUGAGCAGUCCGAGGUUGCGUGGUGCACCAAACCCGGCCACGGCACUCGCCUCAUUCCCAAUGGUGCCCUUCAGGGUGUUCAGUUGCUCCGCACAUCAGAGUACAUCCAGAUCGCCGGUUUCAUCGACCAGACCCAGAUUGACAUGAACGGUCAAGACUACGGAGGAGAACUCGACCCGCACGGUGCUGAUCUCCGUGGGAACCCUCUUGGAGGCUUGAUGUACUCUAACGCGUUCCCAAGCAACAAUGGUAACAACAACACUUACCAGCAAGUCAUUGACUGGACCAACUUCAUGGGUGGCAACGCCUUCUGCAUCACCAUCUGUGAUCCCGCUUCCAGCAGCGCCAACCAGUCCGCUUACUGCCAGAACAUCUACGACCGCAUGGGUUGCAGCUACAACAUGCCAAACAACGCCCAGAAUGGCACCUUCGAAGCUUGUGACGCUGACCUCAAGACCCCCGUUGGCCUCUACGUCACCGGCGGCGUCACCAUGACCUACUCUCAGCCAGCUACCGCUGCAGUCGACCCCCCCUACACAGCUGUCGUUCCCGCCUCCUCCAACUGUGUCACUUACGCCAGUGCUGCCCUCUACACCGGCCUUGCCACUGUCACCCCUACUGGCGUGACCGCUUCGGCAACUGGUACAGGCACCGCCAAGUCUGGCUCGACGGGCUCAAGCACAGCUACUGGUGCCGCCGCAACCAACACCGGCGCUGCUGUCGCUCUUGGCGUUUCAACCUUCGCUGGUCUCACCGGUACCCUCUUCGCCAUCCUCUUCCUAUCAUGAACUCAGUGUGCCAUGUCAUUGACUAUAUUGUUUAGCCUUGCAUAUACUAAUGUACCUGCACCUGUACACUGAUUUUUUUCACGAUAGUGUUGGGUUAUUUGUCUUUGCUUUUAUUGAGACGAUGUUGUUAUUCGUGCAACGAUGGACUUGUUUUUACUGAUUUGAUUUGGUUUUAUGUGGAUGGGCCUUGAGUCGCUGAUGUUGUUUGGACCAUGGCCACGAACUGCAAUACAGCAACUUGAUGAUCCUGAUUACAAUUAGGUCGUGUCCACUGCAUUUUCUGUCUGCGGUGCGGUAAUUUAAGGCGAGAUGAACACAACGUCUCGCUGUCACCGUGACAUUGCUAACCAUACACCGAAAUGCAAGUGCCAUAACUGUGUCCGCUUUCCUGGCCUGCAACAAC